UCGCUCAUUCAGAUGCUUUAAAGUUUAUUCUCGUACAUUCAUAUGUAUUAGUUGUUCAUAAAAAGAAAGGUUAAAUAUGCGAUUAACGCUAAUUUUGUUAUGUAUAUUUUGUUCGCUGAAAACAAUUUCAGCCGAAGACUUACUAGAGCUUAGCUGCAUCACGGAUGUCCAAUGUCUGAUGUUCGAAGGCGGCAAAUGCAUCGAUUCUCGCUGCAUUUGUACGUCACGUGGUGAAAGCACAGAGCGCGUGGACUGCCGGCCCAAAGAUGAAAAGAAAACCAACAUCGUUGGUGGUCCGUGUCCCUGCACACUGCCAUAUACGGAGUGCGACGUAAUGACACAGCAGUGUUUCUGCGCCGCCACUUACAUGCCCAGUGCCGAUAGACGCCGCUGUUUGCCGCUGAAGGUGCCACUGGAUGGCAGCUGUGAAAUGGCUCGUCAAUGCCAAUCAAUGGAGACGUUUUCCGAUUGCCAAAUGAACCGUUGCAUAUGUCAGGAUAACUUUAAACCGUAUGAGGGCAACUGCCUGGCACAAUUGGAUCUGAGCUGCAGUAACAGUACUUCAUGCGAAAGUGCUGGCGCAUCAAUUUGCCUACCGGAAGUCAACAAGUGCGCCUGCUCCAAAGAUCAUGUGCCCAACCACAAUAUGACCGCAUGCGUUCUGGGCGUUGGCUAUGGUGCCAAUUGUACGAACGCGACUCAGUGCCAAGUGCAGCUCGGCGCCGGCAGCACGUGCGACAACAACAAUCGCUGCAGCUGCAGCACGAAACACUAUGCAAAAAGAAAUGAAAAGCUAAAUAGUACUGUUUGCGAGCCGCAUGUGCCAUACGGCGCAUAUUGUCGCCGCACCACGGACUGUCAGCACAUGAACGCUGGCGACGACAAGAUGUUGAACACCAGGAUGGAGUGCAUCUGGGGCGAAUGCCAGUGCCGUUCAGAAUUUCGAGUUGUGAACAAUGAACAUUGCGCUGUAAUCGAUGCAGCGGCAACCAACCAACCAUGUGUCUUCUUGCCACUGCCAAUUCUCAUUAUUUGGCUAAUUUAUUCUUCGAUAUAGAAAAACCAAAAGAUAGUCUUAACAGUCAAAAUACAAAUACAUACACAUAUCAAUUGAAAUACACACUAUAUAU